CCCUGCAAGGCUAUAAAUAUUCCACUCUGUUCCCACAAUCCGCACAAGAAGUGUACUUGCAUUGCACCAUCUUCUACCAUGGUUGAAAUGAGCAACUCUGAGAAACAACCACAAACUCAUAUAGCAUUACCAAUAGUUAUAGACAUUCCAGUCACCAAAACUCAAUCCCAUAAUCACAACAAGUCUCAAAUCCAUGUCCAAUCUUCUUCAAUUCUAUCACAAAUCCAUGCAGGGUAUUUCAGAAUCAGCUUAGCCCUCUCAAGUCAAGCCUUGUUGUGGAAGGUCCUCAUUGAACCAAUCGAAGACGCACACGCUCUUAGAAAAAUAUUUUCAUUCAUACCCUCCACUGCUUUCACUUUCCUAUGGUAUCUAGCCUUGUUCACACUAGUCACACUCUCUUUUCUCUAUGUUCUAAGAUGUGUGUUUCACUUUGACAUGGUGAAAGAUGAGUUCUUAAGCCAUGUGGGAGUGAACUACCUCUUUGCUCCAUGGAUUUCAUGUCUACUUUUGCUAGAGUCAUCACCAUUUGUUCCCUCUAAUUCACUUAGCCACAGAGUUCUUUGGUGUGUGUUUGUGACUCCUGUGGUGGUGCUUGAUGUGAAGAUCUAUGGCCAGUGGUUCACAAAGGGGAAGAGGUUUCUGUCGGCGGUCGCGAACCCAACAAGCCAAUUGUCUGUGAUUGGAAACUUGGUAGGGGCUCGGGUGGCUGCGGAGAUGGGUUGGAAAGAGAGUGCAAUUUGCUUGUUUUCUCUUGGGAUUUCGCAUUACUUGGUGCUUUUUGUGACUCUGUAUCAGAGGUUGCCAGGGAAUGAUAAUAGCCUCCCUCCUCUGCUGCGUCCUGUGUUCUUCUUGUUCUUUGCGGCGCCAAGCGUAGCCAGCUUGGCUUGGCGCUCCAUUAGUGACGAGUUCGAUACCGCUUCGAAGAUGCUGUUCUUUCUCUCCUUCUUCCUUUUCAUGUCUCUGGUUUCAAGGCCUCUGCUAUUUAAGAAGUCCAUGAAGAAAUUCAAUGUGGCAUGGUGGGCUUAUUCUUUUCCUCUGACGGCUUUGGCGCUUGCUUCAGCAGAAUAUGCACAUCAAGUUAAGGGACUCACUGCUCAUGCUGUUAUGUUGGUCUUAUCAUUGAUCUCAGUUUUGGUGUCUGUGGUUUUAAUGAUUGUCACUGCUCUCAACACUAGCAUACCCUUACCAGCUAACAACCUUGACUCAGAUCAGAAAAGCAAUUGCACAGCAACGUGAUUAAUAUUAGUGUGUGUUUAGAUACCAGCUUCACGUGAAUGAACUUUCAUUGUAAUUUAUAAAAAUAGUUUCAUUCACUUUUUAGUUUUGAAGUAAAGUAACUGAACGUACUCUUAGUUAUUAACCUGAAAGAUCAGCCUUUGUAAUUGUAAAUCAAAUAUAAAAUGUCUUCAUAAUUUUAAUGUAUUCACCCUUGCUUUUACUUUU